GGGCACCACGUCGGAUUGGGUGAAGGCUUACUCCUGUCGGGGAAGGCGGCGGACAUGGCGGCGCUUUACGCUUGUACCAAGUGCCACCAGCGGUUCUCCUUCGAGGCGCUCAGCCAGGGGCAGCAGCUCUGUAAGGAAUGUCGAAUUGCACACCCAAUUGUUAAAUGUACCUACUGUAGAACUGAAUUCCAGCAGGAGAGUAAAACCAAUACAAUAUGCAAGAAGUGUGCUCAGAAUGUGAAACUUUAUGGGACGCCAAAGCCAUGCCAGUACUGUAACAUAAUCGCAGCAUUUAUUGGCAACAAGUGCCAACGGUGUACGAACUCGGAGAAGAAAUAUGGGCCACCCCAUUCAUGCGAACAGUGUAAGCAACAGUGUGCCUUCGACAGGAAGGAUGAUAGGAAAAAAGUAGAUGGGAAGUUACUCUGCUGGCUUUGCACACUCUCCUAUAAGCGAGUGCUACAGAAAACCAAAGAACAGCGUAAACAUUUAAACACUUCCUCUCGGACAAGCUUGCCGGAAAAAGAGCAAUAUGGCCGACUUAACUGUGGCAGCCACUACAGCAGCCAGAAAACCUUAUCUACAUCUUCUAUUCAGAAUGAACUCCCAAAGAAAAAAUCCAAGUUUGAUGCCAUAUUAGCCAAUGGGGACAGUUUUUCUCCAGACCUCGCCUUGGAUUCCCCUGGCACCGAUCAUUUUGUCAUCAUAGCCCAACUGAAGGAAGAGGUCGCUACUUUGAAGAAAAUGCUGCACCAGAAGGAUCAGAUGAUCCUGGAGAAAGAAAAGAAGAUAACAGAACUGAAGGCGGACCUGCAAUACCAGGAAUCCCAAAUGAGGGUGAAAAUGAACCAGAUGGAAAAAACUCACAAAGAAGUUACAGAACAUUUGCAGGCCAAGAACCGAGAGCUCCUGAAGCAGGCUGCAGCUUUAUCCAAGGGCAAAAAAUCAGAGAAAUCGGGAGCAAUAACUUCCCCUUAAAUUCGUCAGAUCUCUUACCCUAAGACGUCUGAGGUUUAAAACCCCACGGUUCCAGAACCACACAUGGAUUGCUACUCUCGUGCGCAUGACAGAAUCCUUUGAGAUUGGCUAUUCAAUAGAGUGCCCCAGUGCUGGUUUAUAAAAUCUCUUCCUCCUGACAUAGAGUACAGUGAUGAGAACGAUUGGGAGGUUUGGUCCUCCUGUCCUCCAAGCUCAAGAACAAGCCCUUUUUAGCUCAGAUAUUUCUCUCCAACUAUUUUUACCAUCACUGCCUUGGGAUUGAUGAAACAAGAGGGCCUCCUUGCUGAUUGGAUCCUUUACAGGAUUCUGCUUUUGUACUACACAAGAGACCUAAAGUGGCCAGAGCCAGUUUUAAAACAAUUUUUAAAGCCUUUUUAAAAUGAAAAUUCUGUCUAUUUGGGGAUGUGUUCCACCCCUCAAUUCUUAAGGACAGCUUGAGACUUUUUCUCACAGGUUUGUAAAUUGAGAACCGAGUUUCAAUCAACAAUUCUCUCUCCAGCUUCUAAAAAUUCAAGAGUUUCUUGGCAGAAUAAUUGAAUAUACUCAUAUGGAGGCCAGCGGUUAUGAAUUAGUGUUUUGCUCACGUUUUUUAUGCUUCUUUAGAUAGCACAGCUUUUUUAGGCUGGUUCAACAGCUCCGUCCAUUUGGAGUGAUAUCAGGAAUCAGAAGUAGUCUAAAAUUACUUUUCAGGUACAUGGGGUGAAUUAGUAACAAGUGUACAUCUAUGCAGUUUUUCUGAAGAAAAACAAAACAAUCAUGUUGACUUCCUUGGCAGCACCCUCAAGUCAGGUUUACGGGGCUGGCAAGAAAAUGAGACGGCUUUAAGUGCUGAGAGAGAACUCUUAAUGCCUGUAAAGGUAGAGAUGAAAAGAAUUCAAUGAGUUCUUCGGCUCUGGUCCCUUGCUGAAUUUUCUGGGAAAUGGUAAGUGUUCAAAAGCAAUGAGAAGCUGCUAGUUUGUUUUCAGUUUGCUCCAGGCUGAUUGAAUUUGUGUGUGUGUGUGUGUGUGAAGAAAAUCAUUGCAAAGAAAUGCCUCCCACAGCAAUUUGAGAUGAAUUAAUUACCUUUUUAUAUAUAAAUCAGAGGCCAAAACCUGUGCUGCUGUUGAUUUUCUGAUGCCUGUCUCUUAAAAAAAAGGAAGACAACUUUGAACUGGGAAGCAUGUGCAGAAAUUGACGCUGUACUUCAGGUUAUUUAUUUUUUAAUCUUCUUUGCUCUUUUUGGUAAGAACCCAUUGCCUAAGAAAGAGCAUACUAAAUAGAACCUAAUUUUUAUACCUAAUAUAUAUACAUAUAUAUAUAUUUUUAGGAAGAAUUCAUUCAUAGAGAUUUAAGUAGGGUUGUUUUUUUAGCAAUCUUUUCCCCCACCCCAACCAAUUAAGAGGAGAAUGAUAUUUCUGGAACAAUUUAGGUGUGUGUUUUUUCCCCUCCUUCGUUGUGACAGUUCAAUCAUGCAUUAAAGUGGGUGCUUUACCGUGAUGCUGUUCUUUCUGGAAUGUAUUAAGUUGAUUUGUACAAAAGACAGGCUAAAAUAUGCAUCUGGGGGAAGGGGGAAAUCUUACAGCAGCUUUUUCUUUGGAUAUUUUGUGUAUGGCUUUCUGGAUUGGUCCAGACAAAAUAAGCUUUAUUUUCUUUCUCUCUGAACUGGGGCCUUUAGGCAUUGCUACCCUCACAAAAUACAAAGAGCUUUUGGUGCUAGGGUGGAAUUCACUGUCUGUAGCAAAUUAAAGACUUUUUUUUUAUAUAAUUAGGAUUUAUUGUUUGUCGUGUCCUCUUAAAUCCUCUUUGCCUAUCUCUGUAACUGUUGUUAUUGCUUUAAAAUGGCCAAAGCUGCUUGGGAUUUUAAUAGACUGAAUUGUUUCCUACCUACCUGCCCUACCGUUGAAAAGUCUCUCCGUUUGGCUUAUGAAGCUUCCACAGCUGACAGUGACAUUUCCUGAUUGGCCCAGAUCUUCCCACCACACCCCCAGGCCCAGAGUGAUGUUUCAUGAAUUAAGCAGAUAGCCACACACAUAUAUGAUAGAAGGGCAUAAAUGACAGCUCCUUAGGGAAAUCCAUACCCUCAUUGCCUUACUCUUUCAGGACGUCCACAACAGACGAGUAGCUCUCCCCACCUUUGCCAGCCAAAUGAAGAAAAAUGUGUGAUAUGGUAGAUUGUGGGGGCCAUCAAAAGGAAAUUACAUAUUCCUAGAGUGAUUAUAGGUUAGCAGUAACAGUUCUUUGUCCAUAGUCAUAGCGGGUGAUUCAUAGAGGCUACUAUGGUUGAGGCCGGAAAACCUAGACCAGUAAAACACUCAAGGUUUUAAUGGGUCCACUCAUUUGGACCCAUUUCCCACAGAAAACAAAACACCAGGAGCCACAAAACCCUUCCUGUGCCUGACUAUUUCCUGAGAGGCCACAGAACUAGCAUAUGUAGUUGAAUUAAAUGUUCUGUUUUCGUCUGAAACUUUUCUUUUCUUGGAUUUAUCCAUGGUUGGCCUACUGGGGGUUGAAAAGCUCAAUAAAUCACAUGUUGGCAAGUGUCACACAUUGGUGGUUGUAACGCACAUUUUGAGCGACAGGGAGCCGCAGCAGAGGGAUGAAAGAGCCACAUGUGGCUCCAGAGCCGCAGGUUGCUGAUCUCUGACCUAGGCAGAGGUGUAGCUUGAUGGGAGUUUGAUGGCAGACCAUCACAAAAUCCCAGGUGUGUGCAGACUAGACUGGGAAGUUAAAAUACAUCCCUAAAGCAGGAGCUCACUUCUGUAUUGUUGCCAAGAAAGCUACAUUGUCACACUCAGGUAAUUAAGAGGUGUCUCAACUUAGGGACAUUCUUACCUGUUUAUACCUGUUCCUGGCCAUAUUAAGUGCAAUGGUGCAUCCUAACUGCAGGAAAGGGCAGGUAAGGUUUAUGAGAUUUGUUUUGGGUUUGGUUGUUUUGUUUGCUUUUGCUUUUUGUUUCUUUAAAAAAAAAAAAGACCCCCGAAAUCUUUCUGUGGGAAGUUAGUGCAAAUGGUUGAUGCCUUAGAAUUAAGGAGCUUUAUUCUCACGAACGAAGAUAAAAAAUGUAGAAAUAGAAUGAAAUAGACAAACAGGAUUUUAAAGCACAAUUUUAAGGAGAAAUGCCAACACUUUAAUUAUUUCCAGCAGUUCUGUUCAAAAUAUUUUACAGAUGAUGGCAAUGGUUAAUAUAGCUAACAAAGGACAACCUUUGAAUAUAACGUAUCCUUCAUUGUAAGGUUUUCUAAACUUGUGGCUUGGUUACUUUUUUAGCAAGAACAAUUUAUGAUGUUUAAAUACCUCUGAAAAAUGUAGUUUAGCUUUCCAGUAUUUUGUGAAGACAAAAAAAGUUCAACCAUUUCUUAUAUUUAUAUGCUUAAGGAAAUGUGGAUAAAAAACCAAAAUCAGAAUUCGUAAUGAAAUGUUGGAUGCUUGCUUGUUUUCACGGUUGCUUCAGGCUGUUUCCAUUUUGUUUUUACUAUCACUAACACAGUCCAAAAAAUAAAUACACUUAAAUGGA